GAUGCGCUGAGGUGCCGCGCACCGGGCUUCCUGCCGGCCGCACACCUGGGAGCGCGGCGCAGGCACGGGUGGGAGCCCCGGGCACCGGCAGUGGAGGAGGGCCGGGCCGGGCGGGGCCGGGCCGGGGGGAAGGCAGCGCCGGCAGCCGCGGCAGGAGGCGGCAGAGCGGCGGCGGGAGCAUGGAGCGCUGCUCUGCCCCCCCGCCCGAGCAGGAAGCGGUGGAAGCGUGGCUGGACGAUCACGGCGACUUUACCCGCUCUUACUUUGUUAGGAAAGCUACAAGAGAAAUGGUUAAUGCAUGGUUUGCUGAGAGAGUUCACACCAUCCCAGUCUGCAAGGAGGGAACCAAGUCCCAGAGCGAAUCCUGUGCUUGUCACCAGCCUGCCUGUGCCGAGACCACCAGCCCUGGGACACCGGCGAGGAAAAUCUCUGCUUCGGAAUUUGACAGACCCCUAAGGCCUAUUUUUGUCACGGACUCGGUAGGAGCAGUGAGCUUCCUCUCAGGCUCUGAAAAGAAGGAACAGAUGCCUCUGCCAUCUCCAAGGAUUGAGACCAGUGCAGGGGAUCAGUGCUCAAGACUAUUAGAACUUGUAAAAGACAUUUCCAGUCACUUGGAUGUCACGGCGCUGUGCCAUAAGAUCUUCCUGCAUAUCCACGAGCUGAUAGCAGCGGACCGCUAUUCCCUGUUCCUGGUCUGUGAGGACAGCUCCAAUGAGAAGUUCCUCGUCAGCAGGCUGUUUGAUGUGGCAGAAGGCUCCACCCUGGAAGAAGCUUCCAACAACUGCAUCCGCCUGGAGUGGAACAAGGGCAUUGUGGGGCACGUGGCAGCCAUAGGCCAACCUCUGAACAUCAAGAACGCCUAUGAGGAUCCAAGAUUCAAUGCAGAAGUUGACCAGAUCACAGGGUAUAAGACUCAGAGCAUUCUCUGUAUGCCAAUAAAGAAUCACAGGGAAGAGGUUGUUGGUGUGGCUCAAGCAAUCAACAAGAAAUCUGGAAUUGGUGGCACCUUCACUGAACAAGAUGAAAAGGACUUCGCCGCCUAUUUGGCGUUUUGCGGAAUUGUCCUUCACAACGCGCAGCUGUACGAGACGUCUCUGCUGGAGAACAGGCGCAAUCAGGUGCUUCUUGACCUUGCCAGCCUGAUCUUUGAGGAGCAGCAGUCUUUGGAAGUAAUCCUGAAGAAGAUAGCUGCCACUAUAAUAUCCUUUAUGCAAGUGCAGAGGUGUACCAUCUUCAUAGUGGAUGAAGACUGUCCCGAUACAUUUUCCAGUGUGUUUCACAUGGAAUCUGAGGAAUUAGAAGAUUCUGCUGAAAAUCUGAAGAGGGACUACGACACAAACCAAAUCAAUUACAUGUAUGCUCAGUACGUCAAGAACACCAUGGAGCCACUCAACAUCCCAGAUGUCUGCAAAGACAGAAGAUUUCCCUGGACGAAUGACAGUGCAGAAAAUGUAAGCCAACACAUAAAGAGUUUGCUGUGUACACCAAUAAAAAAUGGGAAAAAGAAUAAAGUGAUAGGUGUUUGCCAGCUGGUGAACAAGAUGGAAGAAAACUCAGGAAAGAUCAAGGCUUUCAACAGAAACGACGAGCAGUUCCUGGAAGCAUUCGUCAUCUUCUGUGGCCUGGGGAUCCAGAACACCCAGAUGUACGAGGCUGUGGAGCGAGCCAUGGCCAAACAGAUGGUGACAUUAGAGGUUCUCUCAUACCAUGCUUCUGCUGCUGAGGAGGAAACGAGGGAGCUGCAGGUAACAGUGGCUGCUGUGGUGCCAUCUGCACAGUGCCUCAACCUGACCGACUUCUACUUCAGCGACUUUGAGCUGUCAGACUUUGAAACGACGCUGUGCACGAUCCGCAUGUUCACAGACCUCAACCUGGUGCAGAACUUCCAAAUGAAGCACGAGGUUCUCUGCAGGUGGAUUUUAAGUGUAAAGAAGAAUUAUCGGAAGAACGUUGCCUACCACAAUUGGAGACAUGCCUUUAAUACUGCCCAGUGCAUGUUUGCUGCUCUGAAAUCUGGUAAAAUUCAGAGCAAACUGACUGACCUAGAAACACUGGCUUUGCUGAUCGCCACUCUGAGCCACGACUUGGAUCACAGGGGAGUGAACAACUCCUACAUACAAAGAAGCGAACAUCCGCUGGCCCAGCUGUACUGCCACUCAAUCAUGGAGCAUCAUCAUUUUGAUCAAUGCCUUAUGAUCCUGAAUAGCCCAGGAAAUCAGAUUCUCAGCAACCUUUCCAUUGAAGAAUACAAGGCUACACUGAAAAUGAUAAAACAAGCCAUUCUUGCCACAGACCUAGCACUGUACAUAAAGAGGAGAGGAGAAUUUUUCGAACUUCUAAGGAAGAAGCAGUUUAAUUGGGAAGACCCCACACAGAAGGAGCUAUUUUUAGCCAUGCUGAUGACUGCUUGUGAUUUAUCAGCUAUAACCAAACCAUGGCCAGUCCAGCAACGGAUUGCUGAGCUUGUAGCUACUGAGUUCUUUGAUCAAGGAGACAAAGAGCGGAAGGAACUCAACAUAGAACCAACAGAUCUAAUGAACAGGGAGAAGAAAAACAAAAUUCCCAGCAUGCAGGUUGGAUUCAUAGAUGCUGUUUGUUUGCAGCUGUAUGAGGCCCUAACACACGUGUCAGAGGCCUGCUCCCCUUUACUGGAUGGCUGUAAAAAGAACAGGCAGAAAUGGCAAGCCUUAGCUGAACAGCAAGAGAAGAACCUGAUUAACGGAGAGAGCAAUCAAGGCAAACGGAACUGAGAUGCUGAUUUAACAACCACAAGCUUAAGUUCACAUAGAAGACAUAGUAAUAGGGGAGUACUGCAUUUUGCUGAACACUGUAUGAAUCUGGCUUAUGUUUUGCCACUGCUGUAUUAUCUUUCCACGUUCCAAGAUAUAGCAUGACCAUGUGUAUGCCAAGAGAUAGUAUGUGUCUUUUAUUACAUCUGAUUGAGAUGGAAAAAGACCUGCAAGGGUGGUUUUUGCCCCCCUGCUCCAGCAGAAGGUACUAGUGCCCGAGAGCCUCUGACUUUCCAGAUGUAUAUAGUUGUUUGGUGAUCAUGUUGUGGCCAGUAUCUUACAGACUACUGCAUUUCGCACCUUUUUCUUUUCCCUCUCCCAAUCUUGCUGUGUUAUAAAAGUCAUGAGCAGUCUCGCCUGUUCUCUUCCCAGAGGCUCAGAGGGAAGACUGGGACUCACUCUGGGGAGCCUAAUCCAGCAUAUACUAUGCUGACCUCCUUCAGAAGACAGAACUGGGCUCUGAGGUGAAAAGCCCCAGAAUUUAUGCACCCAGUAGUUCAAUUUUGGUUUGUUUUUUUUUUUCAUAUCAAAUGGAUGUCUGAGCAAAUGUCUUAUUACAUUUGAAGAAGUUUUUAAGACCCUUGUGAAAUACUAGGCAAAGAGGGUCUUAGGAGUUUUGUGGUGGAAGUGUCACAAUUCUCCAUGAAUAAUGGAAACUGCUCGAAGACUGCUGAAAUGUCCCAGCAUAACUGACAGGCUGCCAUGGAAGGAUGAUGGAAGGAUGGCUCCCAUAGAAAGCUGCCAGAAGCACAGAGAGAAAUGGAAACUGAAGAGGAUCAUUUUUAUCUGCUGGUUUUAACUUCGUUUGGAAGUUGAUUUUAACACCAUCCAACCGACAGAGGGGAUCACGGGCAGAAGAGAACGUGACUGCAAGAGCAAGAGGUGACAAUCUGAGUCAGAAAGAUGCAGGAAUGGCACAAUCCUGGUGACUAUCCAUGACUGAUUCUUUAGGCCAGUGUUGCUAUGAAAUGGCUAUGACCACUUGGAAGGAAGUUUUGUGUUAACAUCUCUUACAAAUCAUUUUACCAAAAGCAAAAAUAGCCAAGAAUGCUACAGGGAUUUGCCAUUUGUAUAUGAGGCAUUAAUGUUCUGAAAAGUAAGAAGUCAAUUAACUUGCACUAGCAAAAACCCCAACAUUGGUAUUUUAUUUAAAAGAAGAUGAUUAAUAAAAAUGGUUGUGAAUUGGGGACCAAUUAAAGAAAAUAUGCAGAUGAGAGAGAUCCCAAAAGAGUAAAACAAAGAGAGUACUGUUCCUGGUGUAGACAGGAUCAGGAGAUGAAUGUCAGCAGUCUAAAAUGGAUCAGCAGUACCUGUAACUUUGGCUGCACAGACACACACAGAAGAGUGUGGGUUUUUAAUGUGUAAUAACGAUUCUCUGGUUAAAAUCUGCAAUUGUGUUGGGCAAAAGUAACACACUUGGGAUUGUACUUUGAAGUACGGGCAUUUAUUUCUAUCACAAUAAUCCAGAACAUUCUAGUUUGAAACUGCAAUGAAUUAUCAACCCCUCCCCUGGUCAGAAAGAAGUGAAAAGUCCCCCUUUUUAUCAAUUUCUUCAUUUAGAUAAUUUAUACCAGAAGCUAAGAAAAUAUAAAGCAAAUGUUUCAAAAUGUCUGACGAUACUGAGUUUCAUAGUUGAAUUUUUUUUUUAAUGUAGAAUAAGGUAUUCUGACAGUCAGCAGCACUUCUGCCAUCUAAAUUAUUUGUCACUGAUUAAAUCCUAUCUCAGACUUCUCUAAAGAGCACCAAUAAUGUAUUAUUGCAGCUGAAUUUGAAAACAUUUUUCUAGAAAAGUGUUUCUCCUGAUUUCCUUCACACAGAUUAAAAAAAAAAAAAAAAGGUGUGGAUUUCAAUAAUAAUUCAGAAUUCCAGGACUACUGUUAUGCAGUGCUCAAUAUGUGUAUUUAUAUGCAAAUGACAGCAGCCUGCCCACCCCAACAAAAGAUUUUAGGUACUUUUUGAUAAAUAGGAAACUUUGCUUCAGGAUUUGCAUAGUCCUUGUAUAGUCUUCUCCUUGAGUGCUUGAGAUACUGAAAUAUAAUUAUUACACUAACUGAUGAGAUACGUAUUUAAUAUAAAUAUGAAUAAAUUAUAUGUAUAUAAAGGUGUAUUCUUGGUAUUAUGGUUGAGACUGGUAAUUCAUGGUGACAACACAGCAGAUAACUAUGAUAAUAUUACAGUGUAGUGACUGAGCAUCUUUUACAUUAAUAUCCCAGUAUUUCUUUGCUAUAUUGUGUGUCCAGCAAAGCUUUAUUAUAACUAAAUUUAUAACUGCUACAGAAGAGUGAUGGAUUCAUACCUUUGACUUGAAAAAAAAGGGCAUGACAUUACAUUUUUUAAAGGUUCACUUACAAUGAGCAGUUAUAGAGUAUGUGCAUAUAUUUAAUUACAUAUCUGUACACAUUUAUCCCACGGAAUCUCUUCCACUACAGAGAUUGGAACAUAGGUAUAAAUACAGUUCCUAGUAAAUAAACCAUUUAUUUAUCAUAAUACACCUGUAUCUGUAUGUAUUUCUACAAAACCAAAGCCUUUAAACUACUGGUUUAAGAACCUUAAAAGCAUAGACUGCUGUAGUUCCUGAAAUUUCAGAGCAUGAUCAACAUUUUUAAAUCGUGUUUAAUUCUGCCUGAAGGCAAAGUCAGAGUGUGCUGGUUCUGUGUCAGCUUUGUGUGAAGCAUUUGCAGAAACUGCUCAUUCCUUUCAUAAUGGAGAUAUGGGACAAUAUGGGGGAAAAAAAAAAGCCAGCCUGUCUCCUGCUUGGAGUUCACUGCCUUUAAAAUGCAACAUUUUCAAACCCAGCUAGUGGAUUACAGUCCCAAGCUGCCCUUCAUUUCAUUAUGAGUUGUGUUUCUAGUGAUUUUAGUCAGGUCUCAAACGUUUUCUCCCCAAUUUAUACUGUCUAGCUAAAACAAUCAGCGGGGAUUACACAAGAAACCAGCUGAAGUGGAGUUUUUCCCUUGGUCAGUUCAGACUAAAGUUUAUUAAAGCCAUUGUCAAAUUCGAUAUUUCAAUCUUCAGGUACAGAAUUUGUCCCACCAAUGUCUCAAUGAAGGCAUCUAAGUUAGUAUCCUACUUGAUCUCAGAUAUGGACAUAUUUUCUUGUAGACUCACUCCACAGCACAGUUUAAUGUUUAAAGUACACUUUUCCUUCUGUUUUUGUUCUCCUUCUCAAAAAAAUUGCUUGUCAUAUGUAUUAACACACAAAAAAUUACUGAUUAACCCUACCUCUUCUAAUUAAAAAUAACAAUGAGGUUCUUAAGCUGUAGGUUGAACUUCUUUUCCAAUAAGUUAGUCCCACAUCCAAUAUUAGCUGUGGAACAUCUAGAUUUUCUAUUAUCUCACACAAUUAAAGAAAGGGGAGGAAAAUAAUGUGAUGUUGAUUUUGGAGAUGGUGAUAAUUGUUAAUUAGCAGCUUAAAGUUAAGAGCAGAUUACUCUCUUAUCUUCAAGUGAGCUAGUGAGAAAAGUAAACAACCUAUUCCACUGAUGAUCAACUGAUCUCUCCUUGGAAGAGAGGACUGAAGCCUGAUUUUAUGUACCACUCCCAUUCGUGUAAAGAUAAACUUUUCACCUCCAAUCCAAAGCAUUUUACCUGGCAGUGGCAUGAACUGACAAAAUCAGAACUCUGUCUAAUUCAUAGACAAGAUUUCUCAAAAUCCCCAGGUAACUAAUUUUCCAAUGCAUUGCACAGAAAACUUAUGAAGAGUCAGAUCUAGUCCCAUAAAAUUCGGGGAUGUUGCCUGAGUUAUCUGGUUGGUGUCCCUUGCAGUUCUCCACAGGAAGACAGCAGAGAGUUCUUAUGGAAAAAAAAGAAGCCACACUGAUAUUAAAUUCAUACCUUUUUUAAAGGUUUUAUAAAGAUCUGGUAUUUCAGGCAAAUAUAUGUAUUGGCUUUAGUUUGGAGUCUUGUCUCUGUGAUGCUGUGGGUUUUUCUCUUCAUGUCAAAUCACGUGCAGUUUACAUUCCACAAGGUUUCAGCUUUAUUUCACAGUUCCCUGCUGCACUUCUUCAGGGACUUGCACUAAUUUGAAAGAUAAACUUGAACAUUGGAGCUUGAAUAAAAGAAUGAGUUUGGCCAGAGUAUGGUAAAUAACGAAAGCUGGAUUUUUUAGUUUGGACUUUGACAGGAAGAAGAAACAUCCCAGAAUGUGGCCUGGUGAUUAGUGACACUUGUUAAAUACAGCAAAUAGUGCCAGCAGGAUAUUUUAUCUUUGUCACUGCUAGAUGAAUGGAAGUUGCAUGGGAAAGUUUAUUUUCCACAUAAAGACGUUUGUUUCCAUAGAGAAACUCAGAUCUAAGUACCACUGUUUGUAAAUGUGUAUUGAUGUGACAGUGCUGUAGAAUAGCCAGUUUUCACUUAUUUUCACAGCAUGAGCUGGUCAUGCCAGGGUCUAAAGCAUGCUCUGAUGCCUAUUUAAAGUCAGUCAUACAGAUUCCCACUUACCUCAGUGGGAGUUGGAUUGAGUGUAUAGAAAGUGAAAGAAUGGUCAAAUCCACCUUUUUUACCUUCAAGGAGGGACCAAACUCUUACCUUGGCAACACCUGCCUCACCUGCUCUUUGCUGUGUUCAGCUCUUCCUGCUGAUGCCUGAGGUACCUUACAGAUGGAACUGAAGUUAGAAUUUGAGCCCUUUCUGUGUUCACAUGGGGGACACCUGCAUGUGUCUCUUAAAGAAUGUAGUGUGAAAUGCACUGUAAAUAGUUUUAAUAUACAUUCCUAUUAUGGUUUAAUAAAAAUCUUAGUCACAGUCACCAAUCACUGAGUGUGUCCACUUGUAUUCUUUUAUCUUUGAAAAAAGUUUGAACAAAUAUAUAGUUUCUGGGCACAGUAUUUUUGUACUAGGUUGAGGGGUUUCUCUGUAUAUUAUGUUUUGCCUGUGAGCAGUAUUAAAGUCUUCUGAAUGCUAUGUGUUCUUUCUUGCUUCUGUCCUAUGACUUCUUAGAGUAAAGCUGGUUACAUUACUUUAAAGAAUCAUUAUCCCUACUUACUGUACAGCUGACAGAGAAUACAGAGUCAGGAUAUUUUCUAUGGUCAGACUGCUGCUUAUUAGUUAUCUCCUCAUUCUUCUCUUUGUACUGUUUUCAUGCUUUUUAAAAUAAAAAGGAUGAUGUCAAAUUUUA